GUGUAAAGCAAAUGCAUUGAACACUGCAUUGACUGCAAGAGGGAGAGAGAGAGAGAGAGAGAGAGACUUGUAUUGAGAAAACAUAUCCACAUAUCCCCUGUGAAUGCGAGCCAAAGAGUACUGUAAUAUAACCUCAAGAGAUAUAAUACGUAUAAAUAGUACUCGCGAUGAGGAGAGAGACGAGUGACUGAUGUGUGAUAUAAACAACAAAAUAAUGUCAACUCUAUUGCCAUCCGAUGGACACCAAUGAGUGAAUGCAUGCCAUUUGUCAUCACUAUUACGACGGGUGUUGUGCUAAUCGUAUGAAACAAACGGCUGUUUGGUGUCAAACAAUAGCCAAUAAUUAAGUGUUUGUUGUGUUUGUACUGAAAAGACUGACAAAAACCCUGAAACACAUCGAAAAACUCUCGGCAUUUGUUUCGCGAAAUCAACGAUGAGUUGGGGCGAAGAGCUCUGGGAUCAAUAUGACAACCUCUCGGUGCAAACCCAUAGGGGUAUUGAGUUUCUGGACAAAUACGGACAGUUCAUCAAAGAGAGGUCUAAUAUAGAGACCGAAUACGCCUCCAAAUUGAGACGACUCGUCAAAACACAUCAAAUCAAGAAGAAGGAUGACGAAGAGAGCCAACUGUCGGUGUGUAAGGCGUUCGCAUCGAUGACACAGGAGGUGACAGACCUGGCGGGUCAGCACGAGUUGAUCGCCGAGAAUAUGUCGGCGCAGAUCGUCAAAGAGAUCGCAAUACUCUUGAAAGAGCUGAAAGACGAGCGCAAGAGAUACCUUUCGGAAGGCGCCAAAAAUCAGACGGCGCUCAACAACGCGUUGACCGCAUUGGACAAAGCGAAGAAGGCCUACGAGAAGGCAUACAGAGAGGCGGAGAAGGCUCAGGACAACUACCAGAAGGCCGACGCGGACCUGAACCUGUCGAGGGCUGAGGUAGAGAAGGCACGCAUGAUCUCAACCACGAAGACCCAGAUGUGCGACGAGUGUAAGACAGAGUACGCCAACCACUUGCAGAAGACCAACGAACUCCAGAGGAGACACUUCUCGGAACUGAUGCCUAAGAUAUUCAAUCAGCUGCAGGACAUGGAGGAGAGGCGAGAGGCCUGCAUACAGAACUUCAUGAAACAGAGCGCACACAUACACCGGCAGGUGUUCCCCAUAAUCGACAAGUGUUUGGAAGGUGUGAUCAAAGCGUCCGAAACGAUUGACCCGAAAGAGGACAGUCGGCAAGUGAUAGAGAGGUAUAAGUCGGGGAAUAUGCCGCCCGAAGACAUUGCUUUCGACGACUUAAGUAACCCGAGACCGGAGUCGGAGAAUGGCGUCCAGAGGGGCAGCACUUCCUUGAAUUACUCCAAUUCAAUCAAAUCCGAGACAUUGAGGGGCACUCUGUCCGCCGCCCGCUUCAAGAAAAGGGGCGGAAUUUUCGGCAUUUUUGGCUCAAAUAAGAACAAUUCCGACGAUUCAAAGGACGAUUACGCGGAUCUGCCGCCAAACCAGAGGCGGAAGCGAAUUCAGGCCAAAAUCGAUCAAAUCCACACUCAAUUCCUUCAGGAAACGGCUGUCAGGGACGGCCUAAUGAAGAUGAGACAGGCGUACGAACAGAACAACGCGUUGGGGGACCCGAACUCAGUCGAGGGACAGUUAUCCGAAAACGGCCAGAAGAUGGAGAAAUUGCAAACAGAGCUCAAAAAGUUUCAGAACCUCUUGCAGGACGUGGUGGACGGCAAGCCAUACACGCCAUCCGCUCAGAAGAAGUCGCACCGAAACAGCAUAUCCGAGGACUCGCUGUCGAGGAGCGCGUCCGAGUCGAGUGUCACCAAUAAUAACCACUCGAACACAAACCUUAACGCAAAUAAUAGCAAUAGUAAUGGCAAUCAUCGGUCGUCGAACUCAUUACAGACAGUCAUUAAUCACACGAAUCAUAAUAAUCAUGAAAACACACACGAAAACAACGAUUCUAACAGUCCUGAGAGCGGCAUCAGUACGAGUCACCUAAGCCUUCCCGACGCCGAGUUUGCCGACGCAGACGAGACUGAGUUUGAUGACCCGUUACCCGCUUUGGGAACCGCCAAAGCUCUCUACGUUUUUGAAGCUCAAAGCGAAGGCUCGAUACCGAUGUCCGAGAACGAGGAGUUCGAGGUGGUGGAGCUGGACCAGGGGGACGGGUGGACGCGAGUGCGCCGCCUGGACCACCAGGAGGAAGGAUUUGUGCCAACCAGUUAUGUAGAGCUCACGCUUUAUAACAACUGCUGAUGAAUACGAUUAGGACUUCAAAACUUAGUUUAUUAUUAAUUAUUAUUGAUUAUUGAAUUCUAUUGAGUAUUUUUUUGAAUUCACUGGUAAUUCAUAUGUUGUUAUAAUUAUUAUUAUUUUUGUUGUAAUAAUCAAAGAGAGAGACAAACCGAUGGCAACACACGAGCUGUUGAUAUACCCGACGCUCUACGCACUGCCCGAGCGUUCAGUGUCUGUGUCCAUGA